CGGGCUGAUUUGCAUUCAACCAAAAACUCUUCAGGCAAGAUGAGUCUCAGUACUAAGGACAAGGAAACAGUCAAAGCCUUCUGGUCUAAGGUCUCUGGCAAGUCCGAGGACAUUGGCAACGAUGCUCUGUCCAGGAUGCUGGUGGUGUACCCGCAGACCAAGACCUACUUCUCCCACUGGAAGGAGUUGACCCCCGGAUCUGCCCCGGUGAGGAAGCACGGAAUGACUGUGAUGAAAGGAGUUGGAGACGCUGUGUCCAAAAUCGAAGACCUGACCGCAGGUCUCAUGGAACUCAGUGAGCUGCAUGCCUUCACUCUGCGUGUGGACCCGGCCAACUUCAAGAUUCUCUCCCACAACAUCCUUGUGGUCUUUGCCAUCAUGUUCCCCAAGGAAUUCACCGCUGAGGUUCAUGUGUCCAUGGACAAGUUCCUGGCUGCUCUGGCUCGUGCCCUGUCUGAGAAGUACCGAUAAGCAGCAAACAGGAACAAAUGACGGACAGCAGCACGGGCUUUGAUACUCUGUCAAUCUGAAUGAAUAAAAAUAUAAAAUGCAAAGGAAAUUA